AUGAAGUCUGUCUUUGCGACGGCCGUGCUGGCCGGCCUGGCCGGCUACGCGGCCUCCCACCCAGCCGCUGCCCCAGCCGCUGCCCCUGUUCCGAUCCCCGUCCCGGUCGCUCCCCCCACCGCGCCGCUCGAGGAACGCGGAGUCGGUGUCAGCGUGACCUACCCCGAGGGCACCGUGAACGGCGUGUCGCUGCUCAACAUUGACUCGUUCCGGGGCAUUCCCUUUGCCGCGCCGCCCGUCGGCAACCUGCGCCUCAAGCCGCCGCAGCGCACGACCAAGGUCGGCACCAUCGACGGCUCGGGCAUCGGCCCCAGCUGCCCGCAGAUGUACAUGUCGUCCGGCAGCGGCGACGCCCUCUUCAAGCUGGUCGGCGACUUCACCAACCUGCCCCUGUUCCAGACCGUCACGGGCGCCAGCGAGGACUGCCUGACGCUCAACGUGCAGCGGCCCGCCGGCACCAACGCGACCUCCAAGCUGCCCGUGCUCUUCUGGAUCUACGGCGGCGGCUUCGAGUUUGGCACCAACGCCAUGUACGACGGCGUCUCGCUGCUGGGGCAGGCCGCCAAGAUCAACGAGCCCUUUGUGUUUGUCGCCGUCAACUACCGCAUGGGCGGCUUCGGCUUCCUGGGCGGCAAGGAGAUCAAGGCCGACGGCGCCGCCAACCUCGGUCUGCUGGACCAGCGCGCCGGCCUCGAGUGGGUCGCCGACAACAUUGCCGCCUUUGGCGGCGACCCGGCGCGCGUGACCAUCUGGGGCGAGUCGGCCGGCGCCAUCUCGUGCUUCGACCACAUGGCCAUGUACGGCGGCGACCACACCUACAAGGGCAAGCCGCUGUUCCGCGGCGCCAUCAUGGACAGCGGCAGCGUCGUCCCGGCCGAGCCCGUCGACGGCGUCAAGGCCCAGGCCAUCUACGACCAGGUCGUCAAGGUCGGCGGCUGCAGCGGCGCCGCCGACACGCUCGCGUGCCUGCGCGGCCUCGACUACCAGACGUUUCUGAACGCGGCCACGUCGGUGCCGGGCAUCUUCUCGUACAACUCGCUGGCCCUGUCCUACGUGCCGCGCCCCGACGGCACCGUGCUGACCGACAGCCCCAGCGUGCUGGCCCUCAACGGGCAGUACGCGGACGUGCCGUUCAUCAUCGGCGACCAGGAGGACGAGGGCACGCUGUUUGCCAUUUUCCCCACCGACGUCACCAGCACCGACCGCAUCGUCAAGUACCUGUCCGAGUACUACUUCUUCAACGCCUCCCAGCAGGUCGUGCAGGGCCUCGUCAACACGUACCCCACCGACAUCACGGCCGGCUCGCCCUUCCGCACGAGCAUCUUCAACGAGCUGUACCCCGGCUUCAAGCGCCUCGCCGCCCUCCUCGGCGACAUGACCUUUACGCUCGCGCGCCGCGCCUUUCUGCUCAUCGACAGCGUCAACAAGCCCGCCACCCCCUCCUGGUCCUACCUGGCCUCGUACGACUACGGCGUGCCUUUCCUUGGCACCUUCCACGCCACCGACAUUCUGCAGACCUUUUACGGCGUCCUGCCCAACUACGCCAGCGGCGCCAUCCAGACCUACUACAUCAACUUUGUCACCACCGGCGACCCCAACAAGGGCGCCCCCGUCAAGAUGCAGUGGCCGCAGUGGAGCGCCGGCCAGAAGCUCAUGAACUUUUUCCCCGACCACGCCGCCCUGCUGCCGGACAACUUCCGCCAGCAGAGCUUUGAGUACCUCGUCUCCAACAUGGCCUCGUUCUUCAUCUAA